AUGAUGCUGGACCCAGUUCCCAGCGGUGACGGCGUAAGCCUGGUUCCGCAGGAAUGGCGGGAAGUGACGAACCAGGUGUGGACAACACAGCUGCAGCUGGGCAUGGACUUCACGCUUACCAUGGGGAUGGAAUGGUUCGAGCUGGUGUCCAAGGACCCGCACGGAAUGCGCCUUUAUCGGUGCGGCGAGCGCUCCUUGCUUGUUCGUCCAGUUCCCCGGAACACCGUUCUCUUGAACGUGCGGGCCUCCUACCUGGAUGUAGUCGAUGUUGUCAGGUUCCAGGCUACGUACAUGACCACCGGAGAGGUUGCCGCGACCGUCGACAUACCGGCGCUCGGCGACAUCUCCGUUUAUGAGCUCCGCAGGAGCCUCAUGGAUGGGAUGAAUAUUCGAGGCCCGAACACAGCUCUGAAGCUUUUCGGCAAGGAGCCAGGCAGGGAGAUCACGGACUCAGACUGCCUUUUGUGGUUUGCCGACCAGCCGGCCACAUGGUUCCCGCAACACAGAGUGACGCAAAAGAAGCGUCCUGGCGCCGUGCGGCUCGAGGAUUUGUUCUCACCCAUUUUUUAA